AUGGCGCUGUCAACAAAAACGACGUUCAUCGCGUCAACCUUUCCCGAAAACCCGCUCAAAACGGCCGACUUCUCACCACCAGCGUCCUCCUGCUCGGGCAUCUACCUCACCAACAACGUCUACGCCAUCGACAAUGACUCGAAAUGCUUACCCAACAAGUUCAACGGCGCCAGCACGGCCUUCUACUCCCCCGGAACCGUCUGCCCGACGGGCUACACCGCGCAACCCCAGUGCUCGCGCAACGGCGGUGUGCGCUCUAUCACGACCGUUACAUGCUGUCCCUACCGCGGAGACAUGACGUUAUCGUGUGUCGAGGACGAUAUGACGCUCGCCAACGUGUGGGAGACACAAUUUUGCACGUGGAUGGCGGGCCCCGCGACGGUCGUUGAUAUUACACGGACAGACAAUGGUGUUGUGGCUACGCAGGCUGUUACGAUGUCGGACCGUGAUGGCGUGAACGCUUGGGGUAUCAGGAUGGUGUAUCAGGCAAGCGAUCUCGUGCCCAAGAUGACCUCGGGAGCAUCAAUUGCGUCGGCAACGGCAACGGGGACGGCGGCGGCGGGAAGCGGUGCGACUUCAGGUGGUUUGUCAACGGGCGGCAUCGUCGCUGUAGCAGUCGUCAUUCCCGUCGUCGCGAUAGCGGCGCUCGUAGGUCUGUUUUUGUGGUGGAGGAGGCGAAAGCACCGGUACGCAGGUGUAAAGCCCGCUGAGACGCCUACGGCACCCGAGAUGGAUGGAUCGUCGGCCAUGGGAUCUCAGAGCGCGUACGCGUACCAGAACCAACAGUAUGCGCAGCAACAGCACAAUGGGCAGUAUCCCCAGGCGUCACCGCCUGCGUCGGAAAUGGUUGGGACAGAUAUGGCUGGGUAUUACAACAACGACAAGGUCCUCAUGAACCCCGGUGGCCAGCAUCAAGGCGCAGGGCACACGCAAUACAAAGGGUACACGCACCCCCAGCCGCCUGUUGAGUUGGCUAGCGGAGAGGGACCUACGGACAACCGGUGGUCCCGGCUUCCCACCUUAGGUGAGCUCACCGCCUGCGAUUUUCAGUGGAGGCCGUCGACCUGCGAAUGA